AUGGCGCCCAAGCUCUCAGAAGACGAGAUCGACGACCUGCUGUACUUCGCGCGUACAGGAGACAAGGCUGAAUUCAACGCGUUGAAAGAUGAGCUUUGCAAGAGGGAAAACGUGAGGGAGGGGCGGUUGCUGGAGGCUGCUAGGGAGGAAGAGAGUGGGAAUGGGAUCUUGCAUAUGGCGGCUGCUAAUGGACAUUCUGAUUUACUCUGCGAACUCUGCAAAUCCCUCUACGCACCCACCGGACCCCAGAAUCCAGAGUUGUUGAGUAUUUUGAACAGCCAAAAUAAGGCGGGGAACACGGCACUGCAUUGGGCGGCAUUGAAUGGGCAUUUGGAGGCUGUGAAGGUGUUGCUCGAGGAGGGAGCGGAUCCGACGAUCACGAAUCAGAGGGGUCAUGAUGCGGUGUUUGAAGCGGAGGUUAAUGAUAAGAGGGAGGUUGUGGAAUGGGUGUUGAAGGAGGGGGGUGAGGUGUUGGAGAGUGGUGUUGCUGGUGGGGAGGAGAGGGAACGGGAAGGGGAGGAAGUGGGGGAUGAGGAUGAGGGGAUGGAGGAGGGAUCUGGGAAGGAAGAUGUGAUGGGCGAGGAUGGGGUCGCGGGAGAGGGCUCGGCGAAAUUAGAGAAGAAGUUGGGAGAGAUGGAUAUCUGA